AUGACGGUGCGGAAGGGGAAGAGCUUGGCCGUGUCCAUCCAGGAGCACAUGGCCAUCGACGUGUGUCCGGGGCCCAUCCGGCCCAUCCGGCAGAUCUCCGCCUACUUCCCGCGCCUCUCCCCCACCUCCUCCGUCUCCGAGCCCCUCUCCCCCACCCGCUCCGCCGUGGUCCCCGCGGCGACCAGCCCCGGCAGCCUCAGCCCCGUGGUCGGGGCCGCGGAGGAGAGAGUGGGCGGGGCGAAGGGCCUGCUGUUACCGGGGGGGACGUGGGGGGGCGGAGCCUCCCUGUCGGCCAUGAACAGCAUGGACACCUCGGUGGAGAUCGACAGCGGGGACAGCGAUGACAGCACCUCGUUGGGAACUCUGGAGUUUGACCUGCUGUAUGAGAGAGCAACCAGCUCCUUACACUGCACUAUGCUCAGAGCCAAGGGGUUGAAGCCCAUGGAUUUUAACGGUCUGGCUGAUCCCUACGUGAAACUCCACCUGCUCCCUGGAGCCUGCAAGGCCAACAAGCUGAAGACCAAGAUCGUCCGCAACACACUGAAUCCGGUGUGGAACGAGACUCUGACCUACUGUGGAAUCACAGAGGAAGACAUGUACCGCAAGACACUCAGGGUGUCGGUGUGUGACGAGGACCGCCUCACUCAUAAUGAGUUCAUCGGGGAGUCCCGCGUGGCACUGCGGCGUGUCAAGCCCGACCUCAACAAACAUUUCAAACUCUGCCUCGAACACCCUCCUCCACUUCCCUCUCCCACAGCGAUGAGUUCCGCCUUGAGAGGAAUCUCUUUAUAUCUGAGAGAGUGGGAGAACGACCAGCAGAGAAGCCUGGAGGAGCGAGGCCGCCUGCUGCUCUGUCUGCAGUUCCUCCCGCCGGCCAGUGGGGGCGACGCAGAGCAGCAGCCCAAGGAGCGGGUGAAGGGGGGGCUGAGCGUGGGGGUCAAGCGGUGCGCCCAUCUGGCAGCGAUGGACGUAAACGGGUUCUCUGACCCCUACGUUAAGACGUACCUGAAACCAGACCUGCAGAAGAAAUCCAAACACAAAACAUCUGUCAUCAAGAAGACCCUGAACCCUGAAUUUAAUGAGGAGUUUUUUUAUGAGAUCUCCUUCAGUGAUUUAACCUCUAAGACCCUAGAGGUCACAGUGUGGGACUACGACCUCGGCAAGUCCAAUGACUUCAUAGGGGGCGUGUCCCUCGGUUGUCACUCACAGGGGGACAGCCUUCAGCAUUGGGUGGACUGUCUGAAGAACAAGGGCACCAAGGUGGAGCGCUGGCACACACUGACCAAUCAGCUGCCGGGAUCCACACUGCAGGACUAGAUCGGCCAAUCCCUGCCUAGCGUUGGGCCUGUGGCAUGAUGUCACUCACGUCAUCCGUGCUCCAUGUUUUGUUCGGGUUUUAAACAAACCCUGUAUCCAUGGUAACCGUCUCAGAAGGAUGGAUCAAACAGUUGUAAAGUCUGAAACUAAAUCAAAAAGUGAGCCACCAACAGGGGGUGGGGCUGUUUUGAGGUUCAAUCUCUCUUCAAAGAGCUGAAAACACACGGGCGGUUCGUGGGGAGAGUUAAUCUAUAAAGAAUGCAUUAUAAACGGU